UGAAGUCUGGUGUUGUGCGUCACCCUCAGCGGGCUUAUAAAGAGGAACACACAAAGACGCUCAAACACACUCGAUUUGUUUCACCUUUUCCUUAAAGACAACCAACAGAGAGUCACAGCCAAGAUGAAACUGUACCUUGCAGUCGCCGUGCUCAUGCUGGCUUUUGUCGCAUACACAGAGGCCCAGGAGGAGACCAUCGAGCAGAAGUUAGCUGCGUUUCAAGAUCGGCUGAAUGAGAUGGGCAAGACCCUGGCUGAGAAGGCCAAGACUACCUUUGAACAGGUCCACACCAGCGAAUUGGCAGUCAACGCACAGAACUGGUUCCGCGAACAGUAUGAAAAUCUGAAGGCCAAGGUGGGGGAAAUCGGCCAGUAGACAGGUCCCUGUCUCAAGCCUACAACCCCCACCGCCUCUGACCGCUGACCUCUUCACUCUAUCUGGUUGCGACGCUGAUGUCACACAUCACACUCUCGCUCUGCUGACCAGACGAAAUGGUUACGUUGCCUCUCUGUAAAGGGAUGUUUUUUCUAAUAAUUGAAAUGCAAUCUUUUGAAAGUAGCAAUGUGAAAAAGUGCAAUAAAGACUUGAAAUAAAGUUUUUGUUUUGAUACAUCAUGUGUAAGCAUCAGUAUUUCUCAAUGGAAAGAAAAUAAGAACUUCUGAUUGUACUAAAUUAAAUAAUAAAUGAACAGUUCUGGUCUA